CUGGGGGCAAUAAAAAGCUGUAGGGUAUUUGAGGGUACCCUUGUAAUUUAACAUCAACCCAAUGAGCAACUAGGUAUUUUUCAAUAAAGCUAGGGACACCCAUUUGAUUCCCCCAUCAACCUUUAGCAAAGAAUCUAGAACUCCAUAUAUUUGAAAACCCUUAUCUCAGGCUUCUCAUGGGAACCCAAAAAGAACUCACUUCUUUCACUGACAUGGCAGCCAUUCAAUCUUCACCAAUGAAUACUUCCUUCUCCAAUUAUCUCCAUUCUCUUUCACAAACCCCUCACAGGCUUAAAAGAAGAAUGCUAGCUACAUGGACCCCAGACCAGGAACUUAACCAAGUAAGGCUACGGUCUGGUGCAGACAUGAAGAGGAAACUCAAGUGGUAUGACUUGAUUGCUCUUGGAGUUGGAGGCAUGCUUGGUGUUGGAGUCUUUGUCACCACUGGCCCUGUGGCUCGUGAGACCUCUGGCCCUGCAGUUUUCGUAUCUUAUAUUAUUGCUGGCAUAUCAGCUCUUCUUUCUUCUUUAUGUUACACUGAAUUUUCUGUCCACAUGCCGGUUGCCGGUGGCGCUUUCAGUUACCUGAGAGUUACCUUUGGAGAGUUUAUAGGAUAUUUUGCUGGAACAAACAUCCUGAUGGAAUAUGUGUUAUCAAAUGCUGCGGUUGCAAGAAGCUUCACUGAAUAUCUUUGCCAUGCGGUGGGGGAGAAUGAUCCAAAUUCAUGGAGAGUUAAAGUAGAUGGACUAGUGGAGGGUUAUGAUAAGUUGGAUUUCACAGCUGUUGCUCUUAUUCUUCUUCUCACUCUCUGUCUUUGCCAUAGUACAAAGGAAAGCUCAGUUUUGAACCUUAUUAUGACAGUCUUCCAUGUGAUUUUCUUUGGAUUCAUCAUAAUUGCUGGCAUCUGUAAUGGGAGUGCAAAGAACUUGGUUAAGCCAGGAGGGCUUGCUCCUUUUGGUGUCAAAGGUGUUAUUAAUGGAGCUGCCAUAGUUUACUUCAGCUAUAUUGGCUACGAUUCAGUUUCAACCAUGGCAGAAGAGAUCCAAAAUCCUUCAAGAAACCUUCCAGUGGGCAUUCUAGGUUCCGUUCUCAUAGUCUGUCUGCUGUAUUGCCUUAUGGCCUUGUCUUUGUGUGUGAUGGUGCCUUUCAGUAAGAUACCCAAAGAGGCAUCUUUUUCCACUGUUUUCCAAAAGGUUGGAUGGAACUGGGCGAGCAAUGUGGUUGGGGCAGGAGCAAGUUUGGGAAUAGUUGCUUCUCUCUUGGUUGCCAUGCUAGGCCAAGCAAGGUACCUUUGUGUUAUUGGAAGGGCUAAGCUUGUUCCUUGCUGGUUGGCUAAGGUGCAUCCUUCCACAGGCACCCCUUUGAAUGCUACACUAUUUUUGGGGAUUUGCACUGCUUCAAUUGCACUCUUCACUGACCUCGACAUAGUUCUUGAGAUGAUCUCCAUUAGCACAUUACUGGUUUUCUACCUGGUAGCCAAUGCUCUCAUCUACCGUCGAUAUGUGAUCAUCAGCCAAAACCCACCUUCACGUACCCUCUUGUUCCUCCUCCUCCUCUCUUGUAGCGCAAUUGGCUUCUCCAUUUCAUGGAAACUCGAAGAACAAACAUGGUGUUUAUCUCUAUUUGUUGUUGUUAUGGUUGCCAUUACAGCUUUCUUUCAAUACAAGGUACCUUUACUUAGCCAAGAAAAUAAAGAAUGGUCAGUCCUGUUGAUGCCAUGGCCAGCUGCAAUAUCAAUAUUCCUUAAUGUCUUCCUCAUGACCACAUUAAAGCUGCUGUCUUUCCAGAGGUUUGCUAUAUGGGCAUGUUUGAUAACUGUGUUUUAUAUGUUGUAUGGUGUGCAUUCAACUUAUGAAGCUGAAGAGAUGGAAGUGGUGGGUGUUGAUCAAAUACCACACCCAUCAAUAAUCCACCAAACUAAGCUAGACAUUCAAGUUUUAUAACAACAAAAUCAAAUACAAUUACUCUUAAUUUGCUUCUUCCUUUUUUCCCUUUGC